AUGGCAUACCAGCAGCCAAUGCGUCUUGUGCUGACGGUGGCGCCACCGCAGACCGGCGACGGUGGCUUCUCCUGUCCACUAGGUGAUGGCGUUUACCCGACGGUGCAGGAUGCGAUCGACGCAGUGCCGCUGCGCAACACGGUCCGGACGACCAUCGUGAUCCCCCCGGGGGUUUACCGGCAGCCGGUGUACGUUCCGAAAACCAAAAGCUUCAUAACCCUUGCCGGCUCCCGUCCGGAGACCACCGUCCUGACCUGGGACAACACCGCCUCUCGGAUCAACCAUCAUACGGUGAGAUCCUUGAGGCGACCGCUAGUUUUCUACUGCAGAAAUAUGCUGAUGAAUUGAGCUCUCAUUGUUGUUGUCGCUGCUGCUGCAGCCGUCGCGGGUGAUCGGGACGGGGACAUUCGGGUGUGGAAGCACCAUCGUGGAAGGGGAGGACUUCAUCGCCGAGAACAUAACCUUUGAGAACUCCGCUCCACAGGUGGUUAUUUACUGAUUCCGCCGGCAUCAACUUUAGUUUUCAGCUUCAUCUUCCGUAGUCAGUGAAGAUUGCCGAUUGUUCUUCGAUGCUUUUCACUGUCAUUAUAUUCCUUGCCACCCGUCCUCCUCCAUAAUAGACUUACAUCUACUCGCAGGGUUCAGGGCAAGCUGUAGCCGUUAGGGUGACUGCUGACCGGUGUGCGUUCUACAAUUGCAGAUUUCUUGGGUGGCAGGUACGUUUAUCUUCGUCACUGGUCCUUCUGUCUCUUCCGAAUUGUUACCAUACUUUCCUUGUUUUUUGUAGUCUUGGUCCAAGUCAAGCUUUUUUACCCUUCCCUCGCUAACAUCAGUCAAGAAAUGUUCCGAUUUCAGGAAGAUGAUACUUCUCCAUGUUCCACUGUUAUUACUAGUUCUCAUAACUCAGAUCAUCAUAAUCGUUUUCGCAUCGUAGCUUUCUUUAAUUUCUGUCUCCUUUCCGCAUGAAGAUGAUGCUCCGAUAAGGCUUGCUCAUGCUAAAUGUUUAAUAUACACCAAAACUGAUCUUUUUGUUUAUAAUUGUCUGCCUUCCACACGAAGAAAAAUAAAUUUUGACUAGGCUAAUUCAUCACGGGGCUGAGUAUUCAAAUAUUUUCUUUGGAAAUUUUAAUUAGUACAUAAGAUCAAUUCAGUUUCACUAUGGGAUUUGGAGCAGAUCCGGCACAUCGUUACUUAUCCUGCAAAUGAUUCAGAAAACUCGGUGUUGUCUGUGUAGGCAUAAAGAAAAUUGGAAACCACCAUAAGCUUUCACCGAAUUCUGAGUCUUUAGUUUCAUAAUAUUUUGUAGGACGUCUACGUCUUAAAUUUUUUUUUUGGUAUUGCAUGUUAAUGCAGGACACGCUUUACUUACACCAUGGCAAGCAGUAUCUGAAAGAUUGCUAUAUCGAGGGAAGCGUUGACUUCAUUUUUGGCAAUAGCACUGCCCUUCUGGAGCAUUGCCAUAUUCACUGCAAGUCACAGGGAUUUAUAACCGCACAGAGUAGAAAAUCUGCCCAAGAGCCCACAGGAUAUAUAUUUUUAAGGUGAAUUUGCCUUCUGUCUCUUUUAUUCUUUAAUGUUUUCUGUGACACGCACAGAAUAUGCACUCUAAUGCUCUUUACCCCCUUCAAUAAAUCACUUGCUACUUUACUGAAAAUUCAUAUUUAGGUGCAAGUUACAUCAGUCGAAUGGAUCUUACAUUGAAAAAAAUUGUUCAAAUUACAGAGCUUUGACGCAACAAUGCAUCUAUAAGUUCAUCUAUACCCUGAAGGGUGUCUUGGUUGAUCAUGUGAAUAGCUGUAACUGGUAUGGUGGAAAUUAGUGCUCCAAUUGGAGAUGGGAAAAAACUGGAAGGUCAAUAAUAGUAAAUAGAAGGCGAUUGAUGUCUGGGAAGAUGGAGGCGGUCUGUGUUGUGCUCUUCUGCCUGGUGAACGGCCUCCUCUCCCCUCUGCUGUCCCAUUCUGUCUCUCAUCCAAGGAGGAGGCUUCCUCCUCUCUGACAAUGUCUCGUUGCUACACUUAAGCCCGCCACAGCAAUCAAGUUAUUUUGUGUACCAAUCCCGUGGCUAUACUUCCAGUGUUGUGGGCAUCAUGGCUUUUGGGGAAUGACUUCUUUAUUUCAGGCAUAAUAUCACUCGAUAUUAUGGGUAGUAUUAAAUCUGGUGGAUAUUGGAUGGUUUUUUUUCUAUAAAAUGUGCAUCUUAGGAACUUACAGAAUUUUAAUCAAAAAACACGCAUGAAUCAGUUUAAACAUACUUCAAGAAAUGCCGUCAUCUCAUCUUUUUUGGAAGGCGGCUGCUUCAUCUAUUUUCCACUUCCAUGGCCGCCAGUUCAACUAUUUUCCUGCUUAGUGAGCCACAAUCUACGUUGACUCUGCUAUUGUUUCUGAGAUUCCUGCAUCGUCCGGGCAGACUUCCUUCCAACCAUAUCAGAUCCUCUCGCUGUUCAUAUUCCAGAUGCGUGAUCACGGGCAAUGGUAGCUCCGCAUAUGCUUCCCUCGGCCGGCCCUGGGGCCCCUUCGCCAGGGUCCUCUACGCAUACACCUGGAUGGACUCCUGCAUCAAGCCCGCCGGCUGGCACAACUGGGACAAGCCCGAGAACGAAAGGAGCGCUUGCUUCUUCGAGUUCAGGUAGAAGAAUGAUUUUCAUUUUCGAAAGGCGGAUCAAGCUUAAUGGGUGGCAUUUUUUUAUUAUUUUUUUUAUGUAGAUGCUCGGGACCUGGUAGCUGCCAGAACGAGCGGGUCCCCUGGUGCAGAGAACUCGAUGAGGAGGAAGCAGAGCAGCUGCUCAUGCACACCUUCAUCGACCCGGACAAUGAGAACCCUUGGCUGGCUCAGAGGAUGUCCACGAAGAUCCCACUCUCUGUUUGA